AUGCCACCGCGCGUCAACCUUCGCUCGAGCGCCGUCAAGCGCAUCAUGCAGGAAGCUGCUGAGGCUACCGAUCCCGACACGGACGGCUUCGUCGCUACGCCACUCGAAAGCGACAUCUUCGAGUGGCACUGCACCCUCCGCGGCGUGAAGGGGACGGAAUACGAGGGCGGCCUGUAUCACCUCCGCAUCCUGCUUCCGGCAAGCUAUCCCAUGAGCGCGCCAGACAUUGUCCUGCUCACGCCGAACGGACGUUUCGAGCUCGGCAAGAAGAUCUGUAUUGAUGGCCUAACGAGCUUCCACGCGGGAAGCUGGCAGCCGGCGUGGGGCAUCCGGACGGCUAUUACGGGAUUGCGCGCGUUCUGGACACAGGAGGGCGAGGCGCUCAGCGCUAUCGGUGCACUCGACGUGCCAAAGGAAGAACGGCGGCGGCUCGCCAAGCUCUCACGUGACUGGACAUGCUCGACGUGCGGAGAGCGCAACGCUACACUCCUUCCAGACUCGCCGGAAGGCAGCAAGAUCAUCUCCACUGAGGCGCUGGCCGAGCAGCCCGACUCCAAGAUGAAGGAAGAACCGCCACGCUCAAAAUCACCUGCAUCAGACAUGCACCUGGCUGCUGAAGAUGUCGCCAACGCCGAUCUCUCGCCUAUUAUCCCCUUCGAAGCGAUCGCUCCUGUCGCGGUCUCUCCAGCGGGCCACGCUGCCCACUUCCCUGCGCGGCAGGACACUGACCCGUCCCAGGCCGUCCUCGGCCAGGAGACUCAGUCAGCGACACAGCCUCCACUCAUCCCCGACCCUGCGCCCAUCACCGACGAGACGCCUAUCAUGGCGUCCCACACUCCCUCCAUCCCCACUCCUCUCGACGCUCCCUCUCCUAACUCGGGCGCUACACCAGUUUCCUCGCACCCCACGCGCCUCGGCCCUGUCCCGCUCGCACCGACACCCACUACAGACCCAGUGCUGCGCCGCCGCGGGACAUCUCCACCGCCCCCCGCUCCUGGUGCCCGGCCCUCUGUCGCAGCCCCCACGGCCCCUAGCCCCGCAGCCCCUCCCCCCGCCCCUGUCGCAGCCGGUCACGGUGCUGUUCCUGCACGAUUCACAGUUCCGCCGCCCGCGCCAGCGCGUAGUGCCCCGCUCUGGCUUGACGCGCUCAUCGGCGCUCUUGUCGUGCUGCUCCUGUACCUUCUCACGGGGAGGGCAUAG